AUGUUUCGCAACGUGACCAAAGUGCAGCUGUCGCCGCUGCUGCGUCGCUGGCAGAGCACGCGCGCCGCCGAGUCGGCUCGUCCUCGCCCGGGAAACCCUCUGAUGAGCCUCGUUCACGACGACACCGUCACGCUGUCGCAGUUUUUCGAGCAACUCGAGCGCUCCGUCUCCAAGCUAUCCGACGCCAGCGUUGACAGAACGCUGCCGCUGGGCCACAUGUUGAUGAACAAGCUGCAGACGCUGAACAAGGACAACGCCGUGGUGAAGGACUCCGUGCUGUUCAAUCGGUUUGUCGACAUUUUGGGCGAGAACAAGCUUCUGCACGUCUCGCACGCUGACCGUGCUGUGCAACGACUGCUGGCCGAGUCCAGGUACGACAAGGCGCUGGAUCUGUGGCAGCGUCUGCUGGAGAAGCUGAAGGAGCUGCCAGAUGGCUUCAAGGACACCAGAGGGGCCAGAUAUGCGCCCGAGGCCGUUUUCCGCACGACAGGCGUCGUUGCGUACGUGCUCAAGACUCUCGGCGACAAUGCGGUUCCGGACGCCGCCACGCUCGACUCGCUGGCCGGCGGCGUCAAGCUGACGCCGCGGAUGGUGGACUCCUCCAGCACUGCUGAAGGCAGCCUCUGUGGCUGCCUCAGACGGCAGAUACGACCGCGUGGAGGCGAUAGUCCGCAAGCUGUACACCGCGAGGGAAAAGAGCCACGAGCCGUUCUCGGAGCAGACCUACGCCAAGCUGAUGGAGCUGUGCGCCGCAACCGGCAAGUACCAGCAGGCGCAGCAGCUGUGGACGGAGCUGACCAAGGCAGGCGUCAACCCGACCGUCCAGACGUGGAACCAGCUGCUCAGCGUGCACGCCAAGUCGGACGCGCCGCAGAAACUGCUCCGAAUCGAGAGCGUGUACAAGCUGCUCACAGAGAGCGUCCAGCCGGACGCGCAGACCGCGGGGAUUAUGAUUUACGGGUAUCUGGGCUGCCGGGAGCUGAAGAAGGCGCUGGACUUCUACCGGGCGCAGAAAGACACCGCGUCGGCGCAGGAGCUGUGGGAUAUCAGAAACACGCUGCUGCGCGGCCUGGUGCAGAACGACUACAUUGCCGAGGCAGAGAAGUUCUACAACGUGUUCCGCGCAGAGGCGAGGGCGCAGCAGGUGGCGUUCGAGCCGGACAUCCGGUUCUACAACUCGCUGCUGCGGCAUCUGUUCGCCAAAGACGACGUCGACAGGGCGCUGGCCACCAUGGAGGAGAUCUUUGCGUCCGACACCCUUACACCGGACGUGGCAACGUACACGACGAUCAUCGACGUUCUGGGCACGAAGGCGAGCCGGACGGGCGUGCCGGUGGAGCUCGAGAUCCAGAAGCUGAUGGAGACGAUGAUGGCCAGCAAGAUCAAGCCGAGCGUGCACACCACGGGCGCUCUGGUCAAGAUGCUUGCUGCGAAGCCGGAGACGAUCGCGAUUGCGGAGCAGCUGGUGACGCAGCUGCAGAAGGACAAGCGCCGGAUUUCCGACGUUAUCUACAGCACCAUGGUCACUGCAGAGAGCAAGCAGGGCAACGUUUCCAAGGCUCUGGAAUAUUUCUACGCAGCUCUGGAGGCAGGCGUGCCGCUGACCACGCAGUUCUACAACUCGAUCUUCCGGGCCUUCAGCAUCAGCCCGGACGUGGGCGGGCUGCGUCGCUUCUUUGA